CUUUUAUAAAGAAUGAAAUUCUUUCUUUUCGUCUCAUGCUGCACACUUUCUCUUUCUUUUCAAAAAAAAUCCCUAACCUCCUUAUCUUGCUAAUAACUAUUCUCCCCAAAAUGCUUUCUUUUUGCUCAAAAAUCUUACCAAGGACCACAUUCAAACACACAUUCACACCAUUUUGCAUCUUUUCAUCUCCAGAUUUUUUGCUCAAAUCAUCUUAAGAAAGUCUUUUCUCCACGGGUCUUUAUUAGUGUCGAUGGUUCAAGCUUCUCAGGGGUUUGACACGUUUUCUUCACAGGUUUUGCACGGGUUCUUCCAAGCUUCAUCAAUGGGUCCAAGAACUAUGACUACCAAAGUUGUAGGUAAAGCAGAUGCUCAAACAGGGAUUGGCGGCACAGGUGGCAUUGGCAGUACAGGCGGCAUUAGUGGCACAGGUGGCAUUGGCGGUAAAGGCGGCAUUGGUGGCACAGGUGGCGUUGGUGGUACAGGUGGCGUUGGUGGUACAGGCGGCGUUGGUGGUACAGGCGGCGUUGCUGAUGGUGAUGGUGAUCCAGCUCAAAUUGUUGCCAAAGCCUUGCUGUGUUUCAAUGAUAAAUAUAUUUACAGCAGCUGCCAAGAGUCGUGCAGAUUGACAGAGAGUGGAAACAUCAAUGUGCCUCCUGACUAUGUAGAUGAAUACUGCAACGGGCCGUGCCUUACAGAGACACACCUGGUGCUCAGCUGCAUAGACAGCGUCUUGUCAAACUUCAUAUUCUACAAUAGAGCAACCAUAGAGGAUAUUGAAGACACCAUCAAGGCAGGCUGCGGCUAUGGCCCUGAAAGAGGUGACUUCAGUGUAGCUGAGCAUAUUCAAGCUGAAGAAAGCAGUGCAUACAAGACUGCUUCCCAGAUUCUGUUAGGACUUGGAGGGAUGGUCACGGCUGGUGGCAUGUUACUCGGAUAAUUGACAUGUAGAUUGAAAUAAAUAACUGAUGGGAUGAAUAAGUCUUGCUUUGUUAAAUAUCUAGGAAAUACACAAAGCUCAUGUAUAAGUUAUCCAACUGCUGUCUGCUGCAGAAAAUUUUAAGUAUCCACUACGAAAGAUUGGUAUAAAUAGUAACAGAAUCAGUUACAGAUUGAA